AUGGUGGUUCUAUGGCUUUCGAUUAGAGAUUCUUCAGUUUGGGUCUCGCUUGUGGCUUUGUUGAACAUAUGGUGGCUAGUUUCGGGUCUAGGCUCGAUGUCUAGUGUUGCCGUUUCUUAUGGUGAGAAAGGUCCUGUUUUUUGUGGCUUGAAACCUGAUGGUUCACAUCGUGUGACCUGCUAUGGCUCAAAUGCUGCAGUCAUCUAUGGGACACCUUCUCGUUUCCCCUUUGUGGGUCUAACCGCCGGCGACGGCUUCGUCUGCGGGCUGUUGAUGGACUCGAACCAGCCUUAUUGUUGGGGGAGCAGCGGCUAUAUCGAAAUGGGGGUUCCUCAGCCGAUGAUCAAGGGGGCUGAGUAUGUAGAGAUCAGUGCAGGGGAUUACCAUUUAUGCGGUUUGAGGAAGCCGGUAACCGGAAGGCUUCGAGAUUAUGCUUUGGUCGAUUGUUGGGGUUAUAAUAUGACUAAGAACUAUGUGUUUGAUGGUCUGAUCAAAUCGCUGUCGGCCGGUUCGGAGUUUAAUUGCGGGUUGUUUUCUCGAAACAUGACUGUUUUGUGUUGGGGUGAUGAGACUAGUAGCCGUGUCAUUAGCUUGGUUCCUAGAGAAAUGAGGUUCCAAAAGGUUGCAGCUGGUGGAUAUCAUGUAUGUGGAAUUUUGAAUGGGUUGAAGUUGAACUCUAGUGUGUUUUGCUGGGGAAGGAGCUUGAACCUUGAGGAAGAAUUGUCGAUGCCGGUCGCAUAUUCACGUCAAGGAAAGGUCGAUUUACCGCCGAAAGAUCCGAUGCUCACGGUUGUUGGAGGGAAGUUUCAUGCUUGUGGAAUCAAGAGUUAUGAUCACAAAGUGGUCUGCUGGGGCUUCAUUGUCAGUCCAUGUACCCCGCCUCCUAAAGAUGUUAAAGUCUAUGGAAUUGCAGCUGGAAAUUACUUCACCUGUGGUGUUAUAGCCGAAAAAUCGGUUCUCCCUGUUUGUUGGGGCGUCGGAUUCCCGACCUCGCUCCCUCUCGCUAUCUCGCCCGGACUUUGCAAAGACACUCCUUGUGCACAUGGUUCCUAUGAAGUUAGUCCUGAGAAUGCACCUUGCAAGUCUCCUAACUUUCAUAUUUGUAUGCCCUGCAGCAUUGGUUGUCCUGCUGAAAUGUACCUAAAAUCGGGAUGUGCUUCGAAGGCCGAUCGAGUUUGUGAUUACAAUUGUUCUAGUUGCACAUCGGUGGAAUGCUUCUCAAAUUGUUCUUCGUUUUCGAACUCCGAUGCUGCUAACGGAAGUAAAAACGAGUGGUUCUGGUCGCUGCAAUUACCGAUCAUCGUCGCAGAGAUUGCCUUUGCCGUGUUGCUGGUGAUUAUGAUAUCGUUAACUGCGAUCUUAUAUGUUCGAUACAGGUUGCAUAACUGUCGCUGCAAAGCAAAAGAGUCGAAAUCCAUGAAAGCUAAUGAGGUUGCUUCUUGCCGAAAGGAAAACGUAAAAGUCCGUUCCGACUUCGAUGAGCUCAAGAUCAGGAGAGCUCGAAUUUUCAAUUACGAAGAACUCGAGAGGGCCACUAGUGGAUUCAAAGAAGAAUCUGUGGUUGGUAAAGGAAGUUUCUCACGCGUUUAUAAAGGGGUAUUGAAAGAUGGGACCGUUGUUGCAGUUAAAAAAGCCGUAAUGUCUUCCGAUAAACAAAAGAAUUCGAAAGAGUUCCACACGGAGUUAGAUUUACUGUCGAGAUUGAACCAUGCCCAUCUUUUGAAUCUGCUAGGAUACUGCGAAGAGGGCGGAGAACGGCUUCUUGUUUACGAGUUUAUGGCUCAUGGAUCGUUGCACCAGCAUCUUCAUGGAAAGAACAAGGACCUGAAAGAGCAAUUAGAUUGGGUCCGAAGGGUCACCAUCGCAGUCCAAGGUGCUAGAGGAAUCGAAUACUUGCACGGUUACGCUUGCCCGCCGGUGAUUCAUAGGGACAUCAAGUCCUCAAACAUUCUCAUCGACGAAGAACACAAUGCUCGAGUGGCUGAUUUCGGUCUCUCUUUACUAGGACCUGCAGAUAGUAGCAGUCCAUUAGCAGAGCUACCUGCUGGAACACUCGGUUAUCUCGAUCCGGAAUACUACAGGCUUCACUACCUCACAACAAAAUCCGAUGUCUACAGCUUUGGCGUGUUAUUGUUGGAAAUUUUAAGCGGACGAAAAGCCAUUGAUAUGCAAUACGAAGAAGGGAAUGUCGUCGAGUGGGCAGUUCCGUUGAUCAAAUCCGGAGACAUAUCUGUGGUUCUCGACCCCGUCUUGAAACCCCCUGCAGACAUUGAAGCAUUAAAAAGGAUUGCAAAUGUGGCUUCCAAAUGUGUGAGAAUGAGAGGAAAAGAGAGACCAUCAAUGGAUAAAGUUACCACUGCUUUAGAGCGAGCUUUGGCUCAGUUGAUGGGCAGUCCGUGUAGCGAACAACCGAUUUUGCCGACCGAGGUGAUCCUGGGAAGCAACAGGAUGCACAAGAAGUCUUCUCAAAGGUCCUCGAAUCGAUCGGUCUCGGAAACCGAAGUCACGGAAGAAGUCGAGGACCAAAGGUUCGAGUUUAGAGCUCCUUCAUGGAUUACCUUCCCUAGUGUAACUUCGUCUCAAAGGCGGAAAUCAUCGUUAUCGGAAGCGGAUGUCGAGGGAAAGAACAUAGAAGGAAGAAACACGGGCAACGUAGCGUACGCCGGGGACGGUUUGAGAAGAUUGGAGGAAGAGAUAGGCCCUGCAUCUCCUCAACAAAGUUUGUUCUUACAACACAAUUUCUAAACGGACCCAGAAAAUGUAGUGAAUUGUAAAAAAAUGAGAAU